AUGCGCAUAUCUAUCUAUCUAUCUAUCUAUCUAUCUAUCUAUCUAUCUAUCUAUCUAUCCCAGUCUGUUCUUAUUUAUUUAUCACUAGUAAAUAUGUUCCUCUCUUUACAUCCCUCCUCUUUGUUUGUUUGUUUGUUUCUUUCUUUCUUUGACAAUCUUUUCAUCUCUAUUUUUAUCUUUUUCAUUCUGGUUUUAUCUAUCUAUCUAUCUAUCUAUCUAUCUAUCUAUCUAUCUCAACCUGGUCAUUUCUCUCUCUCUUUCUCUUUUGGUUUUCUUUAUCUAUCUAUCUAUCUAUCUAUCUAUCUAUCUAUCUAUCUAUCUAUCUAUCUAUCUAAUCCAACAAGGGCAAAUACUCCACCUGGUAAUCUUUUCUUUCUUUCUUUCUUUCUUUGCCGUUCUCUUUUUCUUUCCAGAUUAUCUUUCAAUUUCACUUUUUUUUUUUUUUUUACCUCUCUCUCUCUCUCUCUUUGUGUUUUAAGAUUCUUCUCUUAUUCUUUAUUCGGUUUUCUCGAUCUUCGUCUUUUCCCGCCUUUGCUUCAUUCCUUUUCUUCUCUCGUGUGCUCUUUGACUUCUCUCUCUCUCUCUCUUUCUUUCAUAACAUUUGUUCUUUUUGUUGCUUUUCCUUCUCUACUCCAUUUUAAUUUCUCUCCCCCUUUCUGUAUUGAUUUCUUUAUCACUCCAUUCUUCUUCUUCUUCCUCCUCUUUUCGUCCCUUUAUUUCAUUUAUGCCACAUCUUCCAUGAUUCUACUUCUUAUUCUUCUUCUCAUUUUUCUUCUUCUUAUUAUUCUACUUCUUAUCAUUAUUAUUAUUAUUAUUAAUAAUAAUCGACCUUCUCUUUGUCUUUAG